AUGUUCCUAAUAGGCCUCUACGAUUCGCCCUCCAAAUCCGUCGUCGAUCUGUCGUCAGGGGUGUUUCUGGCGUUGCACAAACUUGUGUACAUGUCCAGAACCCUCUUUCCUCCACUCGGUUCCAUCAAGUUCCUCAACCUCAACAACCGGUUUUCCGGUCCCGUCAACUGUGCUGCCGACGACCUCGAACUAACCUUUGGUAAUGACCAGAUCGAGUUCACCUCCGCGGCGUUCCGAAGACCUUCGGGAGUUCCUGGCGCCGCGCAAUUACCGGUGAAAAACAGCCAUUCUUUCGAUGCCCUGCUCCAGCUCCACGACCAUUUUGGCUACUUGGGCAAACUGUGGCACCCCACCGUACCAAAUGGCGCAAACCCGAACGGCGCAAAUGCAAACGCAAACAGCGCCACCACGACCGGUGUUAACCACGCCUCGGUCGGCUUCGGCUUGAACCGGUUUGGCUACGAUGUCGAGACGUUUGACCCGCCUAUGGCCGGCUACUUUGACGACUUUGCUCCCCACCACUCGGAAACCGUUGACGACUCGGUGUACGGGUCGUCGGCCGAAAGCUAUGUGAGUCCACUUGACGACGAAUUUUUUCGCCGGGUAGGCUCAUCGCCCGAAUCCUACGAUAGUGUUACCGGGUCGUUUUCUGCCCCGGUGGACCGCAAGAGAAAGUACCAGGAACUGCCCCAGUCGUCGGUGCUGAUGUCGGUACCCUCGUUCGACGAGGUGGACGUUUUGUUCAACCAAAUUCUUGUUAAGAACCAACCGGAAAUGGCUUAUGUUCCGCAAAAAAUCAACCAACCAAACCACAGAACCCAAACAGAAGGCUCUGCCAAACGUACCAAGAAGGUCAAACACGAGGACCAAGCCAUGUACCAAUGUGAGCAUUGUGAUGCCUCAUUCAAGGUCAAAGGUUAUUUGACAAGACAUACAAAAAAGCAUAAUGUAGCCAAAGCAUUUGUAUGUCCCUUCUACCAAGACCACCCUGCCGACGACAGCGGAGUCAAAUGCCACCCGAACGGCGGAUUUUCCCGCAGAGACACUUUCAAGACCCAUCUUAAAGCCAUUCAUUUCAUCUAUCCUCCCGGAACAAAGUCGCUGGAACGACGCACACGUGGUGGUCGUUGUGCUGGAUGUUUCCAACAGUUUUCGGAUAAUAAGGAGUGGCUCAAGGACCAUGUUGAAGCAGGCAAGUGUAAGGCUGCCAUCAACCAGAUUGAAGUUACGGUGAAGAAAGAAUGGGUGGAUUAA